CGCCCCGAGGGGGCCGUCAGAUCGGGAGAGACGCCGGAGCGACACGGACGCAAUAUUUUCUUUCCCUUUGAUACCCCUGGGGUUUUUUUUACGUGAUCUUUUUCUACCUUUGUUUAUUUAGGGGUUUGUUUUUGCUGACGUUUUAUAGUUAAAGGCUUUUUUCACUUGCAAGAACCAGCAGCAGAGAGAGGAGCAUCUCCUUAUUCCGAGGCUUCGGGAAUAAACCCUCGCUUUCAAGCUCUAGCGCAGAAGGCGCGGCGAGUCCCGCCGGCAAGGACAAAAGAGCGGCCCCGCCAGCAUGAGCAGCGCCGAGAUGGGCAAGUUCAACAUCUCCCCCGACGAGGACAGCUCCAGCUAUAGCUCCAACAGCAACGACUUCAGCUACCCGUACCCCACCAAGCCGGCCGCCAUGAAGAGCCACUAUGCAGAUAUUGAUCCAGAAAACCAAAAUUUCUUGCUCGACUCCAAUCUUGGAAAGAAGAAAUACGAAACUCAGUAUCAUCCGGGUACUACUUCCUUUGGAAUGUCAGUAUUUAAUCUGAGCAAUGCUAUUGUGGGUAGUGGCAUCCUGGGUCUUUCUUUUGCCAUGGCUAACACUGGAAUUGCUCUUUUUGUGAUACUCCUGCUAUUUGUUUCAAUAUUUUCUUUGUAUUCAGUGCAUCUUCUUUUGAAGACUGCCAAUGAAGGAGGAUCUUUAUUGUAUGAACAGUUGGGAAUGAAGGCUUUUGGUAUGGCUGGAAAACUUGCUGCUUCUGGAUCUAUUACAAUGCAGAACAUUGGAGCUAUGUCAAGCUACCUCUUCAUAGUGAAAUAUGAGUUACCAUUGGUCAUCAAGACAUUUAUGAACAUCGAAGAGACCGCAGGAGAAUGGUAUCUUAAUGGUGACUAUUUAGUGCUGCUGGUGUCUGUCAUCCUCAUUCUUCCCCUGUCCUUACUGAAAAAUUUAGGGUAUUUGGGCUAUACCAGUGGCUUUUCCUUACUUUGCAUGGUCUUCUUUCUGAUUGUUGUAAUUUGGAAGAUGUUUCAGAUUCCUUGUCCUAUGGACAGUUACGUUAUGAAUGCGACACUAUUAAAUGCAACACUGGCACCUUUUGUAAAUGAAAACAUAACAAAUGAUGAUAUGUGCAAGCCAAAAUAUUUCAUCUUCAAUUCACAGACUGUUUAUGCUGUCCCAAUCCUAACGUUUUCUUUUGUCUGCCAUCCUGCAAUUCUUCCUAUUUAUGAAGAACUGAAAAGCCGAAGCCGUAAAAGAAUGAUGAGUGUAUCCUAUGUAUCUUUUUUUGCCAUGUUCCUGAUGUAUUUAUUGGCUGCUCUCUUUGGAUACCUGACAUUUUAUGAAAAAGUCGAGCCAGAACUGCUUCAUACCUACUCAGCUUAUCUGGGUGCUGAUGUUCUCCUUCUUAUUGUGCGUCUCGCUGUUCUUAUGGCUGUAACCCUCACCGUACCUGUAGUUAUUUUCCCAAUCCGCAGUUCCAUUACACAGCUGUUGUGGGCAGGGAAGGAGUUCAAAUGGUGGCGUCACUGUUCCAUUACAAUUGCUCUUCUGGCGUUUACCAAUGUGCUUGUUAUCUUUGUCCCUACUAUUCGAGACAUCUUUGGAUUCAUUGGUAAGCAUUCUCUUGUCAUUUCAAGCAGUCUUUCACAUUUUAGAAAAGGCAAUUCCUGUGUAAAUAAAGUGUGUUUACCUGUUUAUGAAUGUUUCUUUCUGUGCUUUUUCUAUACAGGUGCUUCUGCAGCUGCCAUGCUGAUCUUUAUACUUCCUUCUGCCUUCUAUAUCAAAUUAGUGAAGAAGGAACCAAUGAAAUCAGUGCAAAAGAUCGGGGCUGCAUUCUUCUUUCUAAGUGGUAUAAUUGUGAUGACUGGGUGUAUGACACUGAUUAUUCUAGACUGGACCCAUGAUGUUACAUCUGAUGGCCAUUAACUGCCCUGGUUUAAUCUCUAAUAUUCCACUUCAAAUGCCAGUGUUCACUCAGAUACCUACUGAGAACGAAAAUGAGCUAUUCAGCUUCCUUUAAAAGGCAGAUUCUUUGUUGAUGGUUCUUCUGACUGUAGAAUAUCUGAACUCUGUCUUUAAGAAACUAUUCUGCAUGAUGGAAGUGGAUAUUAACAUCAAACUAUGUGAGUGUCUGGCUGAAGGAAGUGACAACUUUAUUCCAUUCCAGAGAAUGGACAGAACUCUCUGUAGACUUUUAUCAAGCCAUGUUUGGCUUUUGUCAUUGUUACUUGGAUAUUUUGUUAUUUUACUUGAAUGUGCCUAAUGGAACCAUUUGAUGUGAGAAAGAACUCUUUAAUUUACAGCAAAGUGUUUAAAUAACCAAUGAGAGAGAGAGAGAGAGAGAAACACUUAUUUUUUGUACCAAAAAUUCUUAUGGACCUCAAAAGCACUAUUUUGACUGUAAGAAACUUUUCUAAAAAGAAGGAAAGAAUGACAUAGAAGAGCUCAUUAAGAAUACUUUAUCAGUAUCCAAAAUUAAAUUAUUAAAGUUAGUUUGACUUCUCGAUCUCUGCACUCUCAUGACCAGUGACAGGACUCAAGGAUACAGCAUGAAGCUGAGUCAGGGGAAGUUUAGGCUGGAUAUCAGGAAAAGGUUUUUCGCCGGAAGAUGGUUGAGCACCUGAACAGGCUCCCUAAGGAAGUGGUCAGAGCACCAAGCCUGAAGGAGUUCAAGAAGCGUUUGGACAAUGCUAUCAGACCCAUGGUGUGAUUCUUGGGCUGUCCUGUGCAGGGCAAGGAGUUGGACUCAAUGAUCCUGAUGGGUCCCUUGCAACUCAGCAUAUUCUAUAAUUCUGUAGAGGCAUAAUUAGAAGAAAUUUUAUUUUAAAAAUGCUUCUGAUGACCAAAACAGAUAAUGAACCAAUUCAUGUCAAAAUUCUCUGAUAAUAAAUGCUUCCUAUGAAAUUCAUGUAGGUCAAAUUAGAGUGAAAAUAAUCCUGAAAAUCAUUUGUCAGCUUACUUAAGUAACUACAGUUACCUUAGUACCCAAAAAUGGUGUGGGAACAAAUUUUCAAGCUUUAAAAAACCCCACCUUUUAGAAAUGGGUACAUUUGAGAAAAGCUUAGGUAAUCUAAAAUUGUAAAGACAGCAUUGACAUUUCCCUUCUUGAGGUACUCAGUAGUGCAAUUGAGUAAAACAGGGUUUGGGGUUUUUGCUCUUUUUUUGUGUUUUUUUCCUAUUGUAGAUAUCAACUGAAUGGCACUGGAUCAUAGGAUGCCAUUAAUACAAAACUCCCUCCUCAAGUUCCCUUUACUAAUAAGGUCCAUUGUCAGUUGUAGCAAUGUUUGUUGGGGUUUUUCUGUCCAAUAUAUCUUGAAACACUCUGUAGGAAAUCAGAAAGGUCCUAAAUUAGUCUACUACUUGUAUAAUGUUCAAAAACUGUACAGUAUUUCUCAAAUUCCUCAUCCAUUAUUGGAUUUUGAAUUACUUGACUAUUCUGUUUCUGAGUCAAAUCCACAAAAUAACUGCACCAAUAUUUCAUGCUUGGUACAAACUCUCUUCACAUAUACAACUGGGAUUCCUCUUCCAAUUUAUACUGUAUAGUAGUAUUAAAGAUAACCUCAUAGGCUGGAUAGUCAUCUCAUACUUGUUUGCUUCAGAAAUAGGUAGGUUUCUUAUGAGCCUUAGCUGAUGAAGCAGGUGCUGUAUGGUUGUGAUGAGCUAUUUUGUUUCUAGUGCAUGUUUACUCUUUUGUUCUUAUCCCAGGUUGAAGAGAAAUAACACUUGUGUAACAGCGUACUUGGCUUAUAAGAGGUUCUCAAACACAGCAAUAUUGGGUACAAAAGCCUAGAGAGAGAUUAUUAAUGAAAUAAUCAUGGCAAUGUGGUCAACUAUCUUCAUCUGACACAAUGUUUUAAAAUAUGAUUUACAAAGGUCUGCACAGUCUUUGUGUCAGAGGGAACAAGUAAGGGCCUGUAAUCCGUUGAUUAAACAGUGCCUGAGACUUUUUUGCUCUUGUAGAAUUAAUCAAACAAAUCUAAACAACAGUGUUUGGCAGAUAAUAUCAAUCUCUGCCCAGCCAUUUAAAAUAUUUGAAAAACAACUGCAGGUAUUUUGUAUUGAUACUUCUGCAUGACUGUAAGUACUGGUCACUUAAGUCUAUAGUGUAAAACUGUAAUGAGAAAUUAGAUUUCUCUUGUGUUACUUGUAUUAUUAGUUUGGUGGUACUCAACUGGCAAUUAACAGUCCUGGAGUCAGCACUGACUAACACUCCUUAGGUACUUCUCUGCCUCAGGUACUGUACAUCCAUGGCUAACUAUCCCGUGUUACCUGAUCUCCACAGAAGUGCUGAGCACACGUCUCUUCAGUACUUUGGCAGCUUUUCUUCUUCCUCCACAAAUGUGCAAAGGUGGAAGAGGAUUAAAAUGUUGUCUGCCUUUGAGCAAUUUGUAGCACAUAAGGGAUAAAGUGUUUCCCUUGCUAGCAUUCAAAAAGGAGGGAAGUGAGAAAUAGCCUCCUUUCUCACAGUAACCAUAGAAAAGGAAGGAGUUGUAAAUGAGAAGUUACUACCAAGUCCUUCUCAGCAACCAGAAAGGAGGAAGAUUUUUGUGAUGAAACCUCAUAAUGUAUUGUACCUGUAAUUAAUUUUCUGAAUGUAGCAAUUUCCAGAUUAUACAUUGUGUGUUAUAUUAUUUGAUGACUGACUCUCCACCUGCAACAGUUGAGUUCCACUUGGCUGGGUUGUUUUCCAACAUAUGAUUUUUUUAAUUAUUAUUUUUUCCAAAGCUAUCUGUUUAAAGUUACCUACAUUACAAACCACCUAAAAGAGCAGCUUCAGUAUUAAACCACUGUUUUGUCACCUCAGUUAGACAUUACUGUCUUCCAUGAUAUUUCAGUCAUAAAUGUAACAUGUUAUUUAUAAAACAUUAAUCCAUUAAGACUAAACCUAUUUUUCAAUAUUUAUGAUAGUCUAUGUACAUAAAUUAAAUUGUAUGUGUGUAUAUACUGUAAGUAUAAUGUAUAUAAUGUAGGUUUGGAAUCCAGGAUUUAUGUAUAUAUUCCUCUCUCAUUACUGAUUGUAACAUCAUUUCAAGGAGUUGUUCAUGUUGUACAUCUGUAGAACAACUGUCAAAGGAAAGAGCCUUUUACAACAAAGUAUAAUGCUUACAGAAAUGGAAGAAGAGUGUUACACCGAAGAUGUGUAAUAAAACACUAAGAUUGUAUUUAUUACAAAUGUAUAUGUUGCAAUAAACACAGGAAUCACUUGGGUCCAUAGAAAGCAUUGUUCAGGUUCAUGUAUACUGUUCCUCCAAGAUUUACCAUGGAUGUUACGAUUUUCUGAAUGCAGCAAGUUAACAACCUCUGUGAUCUAACUUAUUUGUUAGGCUGCCAAAUUCGGGCAUCCUGCGGUACACCCAUGUACAUAUGUAAAUACCCACCGAAUUGGUAGAGGCCAGCAGUACAGCUGCAGUUGUUGGCUAGACUGUUCGCCAACAACACAGUUUCAAUGAAACAUUGUAUGUUUGUUUUAACUGAAAUAAAUAAAUAGAUAAUCCUAA